AUACACUAUAUUGCCAAAAGUAUUGGGACACUCCUCCAAAUCACUGGAUUCAGGUGUUCCAAUCACCUCCAUGGCCACAGGUGUAUACAGACUGCUUCUACAAACAUUUGUGAAAGAAUGGGUCGCACUCAUGAGCUCAGUGAAUUAAAGCGUGGUACCGUGAUAGGUUGCCACCUGUGCAAUAAGUCCAUCCAUGAAAUUUCCUUGCUACUAAAUAUUCCAUGGUCAAUUGUUAGUGGUAUUAUAACAAAGUGGAAGCAACUGGGAACAACAGCAACUCGUUUCAACAACAGACCACGUAAAAUGACAGAGCGGGGGGUCAGUGCAUGCUGAAGUGCACAGUGUGCAGAAGUUGCCAACUCAAGUCGUCAAUAGCUAAAAAACUCCAAACUUCGUGUGACCUUCAGAUUAGCACAGCAGUGCAUAUAGAGCUUCAUGGAAUGGGUUUCCAUUACCCAGCAGCUGCAUCCAAGCCUUACAUCACCAAGUGUAAUGCAAAGCGUCAGAUGGAGUGGUGUAAAGCACGCCGCCACUGGACUCUAG